CGGGGGAAGGGGCAGCGCACAUGGCGCUGUACAGCGCGGCCGCCGCCGUGCUGGACGGGCUGGAGCGCGGCCAGGGCGGCCUCAAGAGCCUCGUGUACAACAGCGGCUUCCCGCACGUCCGGCAGCUCUACGCGCUGGUGUCCGAGACCCUCCGCUACGCGCCGGUGCUCGAGAAGCUGCUGGAUGGCGCCGCGCUGCUGCAGGCCGAGAAGAAGCUGCCCCCGCAGCUGGCCAAGGUGCUGGUGUACGACCUGCUCUUCGGCAAAGGGCUCAAGUGCGGGGGCCGCUGGAAGGCGCUGGCCCGGCGGCACCGGGCGCGGCUGGAGGCCGAGCUGGCCCGGCUGAAGGUGCGGCACAAGGUGAGCCGCAACGAGGACCUGCUGGCCCCGGAGCAGGCGAGUCCCGCAGCCUCCCAGAUCCCGCGCUACGUCCGGGUCAACACCCUGAAGACUUGUGUGGACGAUGUGAUCGACUUCUUCAAGCGCCAGGGAUACUCCUACCUGGGCAAGGCAGCCAGCUUGGAGGAGCUGAGGGCCCUCUCUGGAAAGAAGUUCUUGUUGGAUCCUCAUCUGCCGGAGCUGCUGGUUUUCCCUCCUCAGACAGACCUCCAUGACAACCUGCUGUAUACUUCAGGACACAUCAUUCUGCAGGACAAGGCCAGCUGCCUCCCUGCCUUCCUCCUCGGCCCUGCUGCCGGCUCCCACGUCAUCGAUGCCUGCGCUGCCCCCGGGAACAAGACCAGCCACCUGGCUGCCAUCCUGAGGAACAAGGGCCAGAUCUUUGCCUUUGACGUGGACCCCAAGCGCGUGGCCACCAUGAACACGCUGCUGGCACGGGCAGGGGUCACCGGCUGCCAGCUGGCCCAGCAGGACUUCCUGGCCGUGGACCCCCAAGACCCCAAGUACAGCAGGGUGACCCAUAUCCUGCUCGACCCGUCCUGCAGCGGCUCAGGGAUGGUGACCCGGGGGCCAGGGGAGGAGGUGGCCCCCAGUGCCGAGCGGCUGCAGGCGCUGGCCGGGUUCCAGCGGCGGGUCCUGGGCCACGCCCUGAGCUUCCCAGCCCUGCGGCGCCUGGUCUACUCCACCUGCUCCGUGCACCGCGAGGAGAACGAGGACGUGGUGCAGGCUGUGCUGCAGGAGCAGGGCUCAGCCUUCAGGCUGGUGACCGCCUUCCCAUCCUGGCCCUGCCGAGGACUCGCUGCCUUCCCUGGAGCCGAGAGCUGCCUCCGAGCGUCCCCCGCAGAGACCCUCACCCACGGCUUCUUCGUGGCUGUGCUGGAGCGGUGCCAGGAAGGGGCUGAUGCCCCCAGCUCCCUGCCUGUGGCAGCUGAGGAGAAGCCACAGCCCAGAGAGGAAACAAAGCCAGGAGCAGCUCCCAGGAAGAGGAAAAGGAAAAAGCAGAGGGUGAAGGAGUGAAACAAUUUUUUGGACUGCCCCCUGCCCAGAUGGGGCUGCAGGGAACCCUCCUGUUGCCUGGGCACAAGUCAAGCCUUGUGCCAGCUGCACUGGGAAUUCUGUAAUCCCUGCACUGAGUGCCAGCCCUGGGGUCACCCUGGUGUCAGGGAGGAGAAACUGGUCACCCAGGGCUGCCCCUUGCAGCCACCCCCCCUCAGGUUUGCCCCCAAGGCAACCCCCACUCUUCACCCUGCAGGGCCUGGGUGCUCCAGCUCGAUGAAGGGUGUUGUUUUAUCAUGUUCCCCUCCCAAAAAAUCCUGAACCCAGCCUGAUGUGAAGCUUCAAGAAAAAAGCCUUUAACUGUAGAAAUGAAGCAGAAUAAAGUUUCUCUUCCUCUACUGUCUUCUCCAGCUUGUUUGUGCAGUCCUGCCACUGCUCAUAGUAAAGGCAAAGUAGGAGGAGAAAAAGUGAAUUAAUAGAUAAUAACAAUAAUCCUCUCCCUGCACCUACCUUUGACCAGGGGGAGCAGGGACAUAUGAGCCAGAGUGUGCUGGAAGCGGCACCUGAACCCCACGAGCCCCAGGAAUCGCACACGUGUGAACACAGUUGUUUUAUUUUAAACCAGGGACAUAAGAAGCAAGGAAACAAAAAUUGCACAUUCACACUAAAAUCCUCAUCAGCCACACCAGGAAUGAUCCAAGUCUUCAGUCAGUUUAAAAUCCAGCCUCCCCCCAGGCACUGGGGGCUCUCCCGGCAGGGGCUGUGUGGUGGAGAAGGGACAGCCUGGCACCUCACAGGGCUGGGGGUGUGGGACUACAGGGUGCCCUCACCUUGUCCCUGCUCAUUCCCAUCUCCCUCUGGCACACAGGUCUUGCUGGAGCGGACCUGGCCAAACCCUGGCACCUCUGAGGAUGGGGAGAGUGGGCGCUCUCCUGGCCCAACACCCUGCCUGGGGCAGAGGGAGGGAUGCCCAGGGUCAGACUUGGUGGGCGCUAAUCCUGUCCCAGCCACUUCCUCAAACCCCAAGGAUAUGUUUUCUCAGCCUGGCUGCUCUCAGCCCACUGCACGCUCAGCUGUGCUGGUGGGGGAUGGCCAGAACCACCCCCACCAGCACCUGCAGGUCCUUUGUGUCCCCUCUGUGCCACACAGAGCCCGUCACCUGCCCUUCCUGCCAGGAGAGACACCUUGACCCUGGCACUCAGCACCGUAACAUGAGAGCUCCUGCUCCUCACCCUCAGAGAAAUAAUUAAAAAAAAAAAAAAAAAAAAAAAGGUU